AUGGGUAUAGAAAAAUAUAGUGGUACCAUACUAUUUCUCUGUGUUUGGUGUGUAUUAAUCAUUAUAUUAACCAUCGAUAUCUACUUCAGAUUUAAACGGAGGUCGUCGAUUUUUUACAAUAAUGUACGCAACCAAGUAAUUUCUUCCACGGUCACAUUGCCUCCUAUUAUUGCCACGAUUUCGGUUAUCCUCCCACCCCAACCUCAAUUGGAACGAGUGAUUGAGAUCGGGUCUGAUUCAGAUGAAGUUGCGACAACAUCAUCGGUAGAUGAAGAGAAGGUACGUGAAAUCACUCAAAGUUGCUCGGAUUGUGCAAUUUGUUUAGAUAAUUUUGACGAACAAUUGAAUUAUGAUGGUGGUGUAACAACAUUAAGAGUACUAAGACGUUGUGGGCAUAGGUUUCAUACUUAUUGUAUCAACCAAUGGUUCUUAAAUGGGCAUCAUACUUGCCCUAUUUGUCGUGUAUCUAUAACUUAUGAUGUUUUAGCUUAA